AUGAAACAGGCUGAAAAAGUAUCAUCUAUUCCCAACACUGGGGACCAUAUUUAUGUUCUUCGUUCCUUGAGCUACGCGCAUCACGGUAUUUAUGUGGGAGAAAGCAAAGUGGUGCAUUUCCAAACACCUCUUGAAACUGGUCGAAUGGACAGUUCAGCGAUUGCAGAAAGCGAAUUCGACGAGUUCCUGGGAUCUGACGGCUUCGAUUGGUAUUUAUACCAAUACGGAGUGACCGCGGAGGAAUUUAGCAGAUACCCCCGUGGUACAUGCACAACAACACAUAGCGAUGAUGUCACCACCGUCAUUGAUCGCGCGCGCAAGGCAAUUCGAGAAGGAUUUGGUCAGUUCAAUAUUGUUGGAAAUAAUUGUGAGGACUUUGCGUUGUACUGCAAGACAGGCCAGCGAUCACAGGCAAGCGGUCAAUAUCUGUCAGCCAUGCGUAGGAUAGAGGCCGCGCGCCAGGCUGCGGCGACUGGGUACAAAAGUCCCAUAGUGUACGCUGGGUGUGUCAUGGGAUGGUUCUCUGCGAAAGAUUUCGGGAAAACAAACAGCUUGGACCAAGAACGAGAAGAACCGCCAUUUGUGGAUCAGGAGAAAAGGGAUACGAGAAAAUUGGAUCCUAACACGAAAAGCUCGAAUGCCAAGGUGGCAACAAAAAACGUAUCUUGGAAGGAAAAAUAGGAUGAUUAUCCACUCAAUCCUUCUUAGAACUAGCUAUCUUAGCACUCACUGCGGUGAAAAAAGAGGUAACACAAAAACUUUCGUGCACCAUCGGAUGAAUAAGUGCCACGAUCAGUCAAGACAUUGGAGGCCAGGUUACUGAAGGACGCGCAACGCACCACGUGACCUGUUGAUCCGGGAGAGAUCCGAUUUCACGUUGAUUUACCGAAAUGUCUCGUUUCUGCUAAGAUCAAAACUAAAACAAGCUGUGGCGAAAAGACUGACCGAAUUCGAAGGACAAUAUAUUUGAUAAAUUAUAGUUGAUUUCUUGGUUAAUAAUUAAUUUAUGAUAAUUUAUCAUAUUGAUAUUUCUUCCUAUUAGAAGAGGUUUCGUCACUUUUUCUCACAUAGGACUCUCAUCUCUAAUACAGAUGCUACCUGUCUUGAUUUCUUUUUUCAAGAUCAGAUCAAAGUUCUCCUCACUGUUUUGAGACAGUUUGAGAAGAAUAGUUCAGGAGAAUUUAGCUUUUUGGUUCAAUGGGCUCCUGUUUUAAACUUAUCUUUCAGAAUAAGUCUAUUAAAUAUUCUACAUUCUGAAUGUCA